AUCUAAGCAUGUCGAAAAUCAAGCGUUACUUUUCCAAAAAGAAGGAGGAGGCCGCCUUUAAGUUAAGAAUCGGGCGUGGCAUGGGCGAGGGGCAUAAGCUGAAUGCACCCAAGUCGGAGGCAUCGACAAGCGGCUCGAGGCAGAGCAAAUUUGAGGCAUAUGUGCCGCCCAAGCGAAAUGAGUUGAGCAACGAGGCGCGUGCCGCUGCAGCUGCCGCCUUGUCGCGCAUCGAUCGCAAGGAUUCGCGAGAGUUCAACACGUCGCUGGCAGCGAUCAAGGCGCAGGCGAAACGCGAACUGGAAGCGGAACGCCGCCAGAAGGAGGAACUGCUCUCCAGUGCAAGUGGUUCGACGUCUGCCAGCUCUUCAACAGGUGGCAGCAGUGGCGAGAACAAGAAUCUCGCCUGUCGGGGCGUCUUUUUUCGGUGUCCGCUUAUCGGCGAGGAGGUGCUGCCCAAGAAGGAGUGGAAGAUUAAAAUCAAGGAGUUUCUCUACCAGCAGCUGGAGGCCGAACGUGGCCUGACCGCCUGUUUGAUCAUCCAGAACUGUAAUGUUAAGGAGCGGGCAGACGAUUGCACUGCUACAUUGACCAAGUAUCUGGAGAACAUCAUUAAGAAUCCUGAGGAGGAGAAGUUCUGCAAGAUACGCAUGACCAAUAAGAUCUUUAGCGACAAGGUGCGCUACGUUGAUGGUGCCUUGGAUGUGCUCCAUGCCGCUGGCUUCAGUGAAGUGCAAAUCGAUGAUGAACCCUUCCUCUUGUGGAGCAGUGAGCAAAUGGAAGAGGGUCUCGACUUGGCCACAUUGGUGGACGCACUUAAGAACUCCGAGCCCAUACAUCUGGAGCUGGAUCGCAAUAUUAAAGUGUUGUUGCCAUCGCAGGCGCGUCGCGUCGUGCUGCCCGAUGAUUUCUAUCGCAUCUCGCCGGAGGAGAUUAAACGGGAGCAACAGCUGCGCGCCGAGGCCAUCGAGAGCUCCCAAAUGCUGAAGACCAAGGCGAUGCGAGAGCGCGAGGAGCAACGUAAUUUACGCAUGUAUCGCUACUCCCUGGUCCGGGUCAAGUUCCCCAAUGGUCUCCUUAUACAGGGCACCUUCAACGUUUACGAGAAGAUCGCCGAUGUAUUUGAAUUUGUGCAAUCUUGUCUGGCGGAUGAAACGCUUGAAUUUAAUCUGAUCGCCAGCAGCGAAGGCAAAUUUAACGAGGAGGACAUGGAAAAGACCUUAUACGACUGCAAACUCAUUCCAAAUGUUCUACUAAUUUUUGCUGUUCCAGCGAUUCCAUCUUCGGGCGCAGUUGAUGUAAAUUUCUUGAAGGAGGAUUUGCUGAUGCUGGUCCAGUCCAUGUAGAGAUCCCUUAUAUAAUCGUUUUUCUAUUCAACAGACGAUAAAGCAUAAAGGCGGCGCACUAUGUCCACCCGAUUUAA